GAUUCGAUAAACGUGACCAAUGUUGAAUAUAUUAUUUCGCGGACUUUGGAUUAAGGGCGGUUUAACGUGAUACGCGAAAGAAAAUAAAUAAUUAGUGUCACAUUUGUGAUAGUAAUUUAUAUUAUUAUGAUAUUCGUACUAUAUAAUGAAUUCUUUUUCUCAACCGAAGAAGUCUGUAAGUUUGAGUGCAUCUUUCAGAAAGAAGGCACAGCCUAAACUAACAAAUUUCUUCUGCAAAUCAAGUACAGCUUCCUCACAAGAAAGUUAUACAUUAACAGCGAAACAAAACGAAAGGAAAAUAGAUGAUAUUGUCAUUCUUGAAGAGAAAGGAAAACUUCACACAUUUUUAGAUAGCACUGUAGAAGAUAUCAAAGAAGAGUUCUCAGAUGAUGAUUUUGAUGUAACACCUACUCGUAAAGAGAAACGUUCAUCUUGUAAUUUACCUGAUGAUGAUUUGGAUACUGAUGAUUAUUUCAUUACCCGUGGAUGGUGUAAAAUUCCUAAGGAAGGUGACAGGACUGCUGAAGAGAUCUGUAAAGCAAAUGGAAUAGAUCUAAGAAGUGAUAAUGGAGAUAAUGAAUUUAAUGACGCAGCAGAAAGUGCAGAUGAUCCUUGUAGAUCAGCAUCUUCAGAUACAGAAGAUAUUUUUGCUGAUGUUAAGCAAAUUGUUGUGGAUGAAGAUGAUGAUCGGACUCCUUCACCUGUUUUUUCAUUAUCUCUGCACAAUACUAAGAAGUCUCCUGUGGAAGCAAAAACAUUAGAAUCUGAGAAGAAAUGCAUUAAUCAGAGCUUUAAAUUAGAAGAAAUAGACGAAAGUUUUAAAGAUCCAAGUACACAAGAAGCAAGCAAAGAAAGUCUGUGCUCUCUCACCACUGAUGGUUUUGAUACAAUUUUGCAAAGUGUGACCAUGCGACCAUUGGGAAUUACAGAAGAACUGAAGUCAUGGAUAGGUGAUAUGGAAAGUCAUCCUUCUUUUGGAAGAGUUUCAAUAGAGACAUCAACAGUAAUUCUGAAGGAUAACAUAGAAGUCUUAAGAAAUUUCCAGAUCCAGGUACUUGAAAAAUUGGUUUCAGGCUUUGAAUCUCUUCCACUGAAACUUCUUGAAAAGUGUCCAGAGUUUGAUUCAAACAUAUUUGUAAAAUUGAAAAGUCUCCGCCAAAAAUUGAAGGCUAAGCUAAAAUUGACGGGGGCUUUGUUGAAAAGAAAAGUCUCUGCUGAAAUGUCAUUCAGUUCUGCAGAUAACAGUGAUAUAGCUGAUAAUCCUGUUUCAAGUAGGGAACAGUCAGAAAAGUUGUCAGAAAUGCAUGUAUCAAGUUCCAUCGCUAGUAGUGAUGAAAUUUCAAGAAGACUUUCUCCGAAAGUUGCAGAUUUCAGUGAGGUGAAUGAAUGUGUGUUUGAUAAAAUUUCAAGCAGACUGGAACCAGAAGGAUCAGAUUUCAAGGAGGCAGAUGAAUGUUAUAAUGGUGAUUCACUUACUAAAACAAUUGCAGUCAGAACUUCAUGUAGUGGUGGUGAUAGUUAUUCUAGUUCUUUUAGUCCGAAGAUUUUGGUGAGCGAGAAUAAACCAUCAGAGAACAAGUAUUCUGUUCAGGGUGUCAGCAGUUCCAGAACUGCUUUAUCAUCAUUGCAUGACAGUUUAACGGAGGACCAAGCCCUUAAACUGUCCACAAAAGUUACAUUUAAAUUUAAAACUCCUACAUCAUUUGCUGUGAGAAGUGACACUGCUACGAGUGUAAUGAAGACUGCAGGAAGUCCAGUAUCAGUUGGUGUCUGUGUGUCGCAAAUAGGGGAUAAUUUUCAUAAACCAUCCAUGGAAUCACUCUCAGGCCUGCAAAGCUUCCAGAGGAAUGCUGAAACACCGCCAAGGUUACAGCUUUCUACAGCAGCAUCUGAUCAUUCUGCGCAGCAGAGUGCUUAUAAUUUUAAUAAACCAGCUAAUCAGUGGAUAACAGGUUUCAACUAUCCUUUGAUUGAAGCACAGUCAACCACACCUCAUAGUCGUAAUCUAUCCUUACAUUCCAAAGAAAUUGAAUCUUCACAGUAUAUUGAAGAUGGGACUGAAAAUUGGCUGAGUGAUGAUGAUAUUCCCAUCAUAGAAGAAAUGACACAGGUUCAGGAUUUGCGGUUUCAUAAUCCAUUACAGAAGAAUCCUGGUACCAAAUCAGUUGAUGAACAGGGAGAGCCUGUCAGUUACGCAUCUUCAAUUUACAACAUGCACAGUGCUAGUAACAGCAAACCCAGGUCAAUGCCAGUUGUUCCCUCUGCUUCUGGAAUAGGAUCGUUCCACAGUAACAUAAAGAAUGAUGGUAUAACUGGUGAAUUUGAUGGUAAUGAUUAUCCGCAUAGCAGAGAGAUGGUUAAGGUAUUUAGACUGAAGUUUGGUCUACAUGAAUUUCGGCCAAAUCAGCUUCAAGCAAUAAAUGCCGCAUUGCUUGGAUUUGAUUGUUUUGUCCUGAUGCCAACGGGUGGUGGUAAAUCUCUGUGCUACCAACUUCCAGCUCUUAUAACACCUGGGAUCACCAUAGUCAUCUCACCAUUAAAAUCUCUCAUCUUGGAUCAAGUGCAGAAAUUGAACUCUUUAGAUAUUCCAGCUGCCCAUAUGUCAGGUGAAACCACGGCACGUCAGGAACAUGGAAUUUAUACAGAGCUAAGCAAACGGGAACCAGGCCUAAAACUCCUUUAUGUGACCCCUGAAAAGCUAAGUGCCAGCAACAAGUUAAUGGAUGCCCUCAGCAGUCUGUAUGACAGACGGAAACUUGCUCGCUUUGUGAUUGAUGAAGCCCAUUGUGUCUCUCAGUGGGGGCAUGAUUUCAGGCCAGAUUACAAGAAACUGAACUUGCUGAGACAGCGAUUUCCUACUGUUAAAACCAUAGCUUUAACAGCAACAGCAACACCUCGGGUGCGUGUUGACAUUCUUAACCAGUUAGGAAUGAAGAACCCCAAAUGGUUCCUCUCGAGUUUCAAUCGUCCAAAUCUGAAAUAUUCAGUCUUACCUAAGAAAGGCAAAAGUGUCACAAAAGAAAUUAUAACAUUGAUCAAAGCCAAGUUUCCCCGUGAUUCGGGUAUUGUGUAUUGCUUGUCACGGAGAGAGUGUGACACAGUGGCCUCUGAUCUGUCCGGUGCUGGUAUCAAAGCUUUAGCAUACCAUGCAGGGCUCACUGAUCCGCAGCGAAGUAGAGUUCAAGGAGAAUGGAUCUCUGACAGAAUCAAGGUGGUAUGUGCUACAAUAGCAUUUGGUAUGGGUAUUGAUAAGCCAGAUGUCCGCUACGUGAUCCAUUACUCCCUUCCAAAGUCAAUAGAAGGCUAUUACCAAGAAUCAGGACGAGCAGGAAGGGAUGGAGAUCCAGCUGAAUGUAUCCUGUACUAUGCAUACAGUGACAUGCACCGUAUUCGUAAAAUGAUAGAAAGUGAUAGAGACAAUCAUGCAGCAAAACGGACUCACAGCGACAAUCUUUGGCGUAUGGUUGCAUUCUGUGAGAACCAGACCGAUUGCCGUCGAACUCAACAGCUGAAUUAUUUUGGGGAAAACUUUGACCGAGAAUUGUGUAUUGCUACUCGGGCCACUACUUGUGACAACUGUCUACAACAGGCACAGUAUCAUACCAUGGAUGUAACAGCUGAUUGUCAAGAAAUUGUGAAGUGUGUAAAACAAAUCUGUGGGAAAAUUGGCUCAUGGAGUAAUAACUUCACUCUCCUGCAUAUGGUUGAUAUAUUCAAAGGCAGUGAUAUCAAGAAGAUUAAGGAAUCUGGACACAACAAACUAUCACUGUAUGGACGGGGUAAAACAUGGGUGCGAAGUGACAUAGAAAGAUUACUGCGCAAGUUAACCAUUGAAGAAUUUCUGAUGGAAGAUCUCGUAGUGACCAAGGAUGACAUUACCUGUGCUUAUAUCAAAGUUGGUACAAAAGGUGAAGAUUUAAUCUCUGGAAGAUACAAGAUAAUGUUUCCAAUGAGAGGUUCUACAUCGAAGAAACUAGACAUAAACAGUACUAGGAACUCAAUUUCAGCUACGGGCAGUCGUGACAAUUCAGAGUUGUUAGCAUUACAGGAGAAAUGCUACCAUGAGCUCAUAGAUGUAUGCCGCUGUAUAGCUUACUCUCUUGGAGUUAGCAGUUCUUCCAUCAUGAAUGUUCAGGCACUGCGUGCUAUGUCUCGGAAACUACCAGAAACAGCAGAUGAGAUGUUACAGAUUUCACAUGUUACUAAAGCAAACUUUGAAAAAUAUGGAGAAGGCUUGCUUAAGAUCUGUCAGCAACAUGCUGCUGAUAAAAAAGCUCUCCUCAUAGAGGCUGAGGCUAAGAAGAAUGAAGCUCUAGAACAGACAGAAUGGUUAUCAACAAACAGUGGUGGCUCACCAUAUUUCAGUAAUGAUGACCAGCAAACACAAAGGAAACGCAAGCCUCCAUAUCGUGGAAAUUGGUCAAAAAAGUUCAAGCGUGGAAAUGGGACAAAGGGCAAAACAGCAUGCAAAGGUAAAACUGGUGGAGAAAAUAAAAGUGCAGUUCCAGGACUGUUGACUGUACAAAGCAAAAAGCCAACAAUAAGCAACAAAAUACAACUCUAGUUAUGGCUGUAGAAAUAAGUAUAAAAUAAUGAUCAGUGACCUUUCAAAUAAGCAUAACUGUUGGUAAAGUUUCAUUUGUGUACUUCUGUUGCAGCUGUUAAGUUUGCAACAGUUGCACUAGUGUGCACUGAAGUGAACUGAGUGCAAAUGCAAGUAUCUUAGGAGACUGAGUGUACUUAUAAAGAGCUUGCUCCCCCCCCCCUUCCCAAUGGUUUUGUUGAUAUAAAAAUUAUAAUUUUAUUGUAAUCCAUAGUGUCAUAAAAUGCAGGCUAAUUUUAAACAGAUGCUGAAACAUCUUGGGCCUUUAAAUAAAAUGUCUGAUAUGAAUUCUGGGAAGAGAUUACAGAAAAGCACCUGCAGUACGUAUAUAAAUGCCAGAAUUUCAAAUCGUUCAAGCACAGCAUAGCUUUAGAUUUGAUUUGUAAAAGUUAGUCUCAGGUAUUACUCUUAAUAUGAAACAUUUGAAGGUAUAUCAUCAAAGUUGAUACCUUAACAUUCAAAUUCAGCCCAACAAAAUGGUGUACAAAACCACUAUUAGUGUCACAUUGUGAACCUGGUUUCUGGAGUGACACACAUGCACUUGCAUUCUUAUUUUGAAAGUAAUAUAUAAUUUCUGUUUUAAAAUACCAUAUAAACAGGGGGGGGGGUUAUCAGUCAACCCUAACACUGCAGCCUCUCGUGAUCUAUUGUGCAUCCCUAUCAACUCCUCUGUGACCUUUAGUCCAUGAGCGAACUAUACUGACCGCGCGACUACUGCUUGUUGGCGAAGCUAGUGCCAACUUUUGCAGAUAGAGGGUGUCACAUGGUCAGCGCAACAUUCCUACAGCUGUUAAUCUCGGUUUUCUAGACCGGAAUCCCUAUCAACUACCACAUCAGUAACCAUGCACCUUGAAUAGAUCUUGAUAGUUUGCUGAUAGAGACCUAAUGAUAGUAAAGCCAGUUCACUGAAAUUUUGACACGUGCUGCAAGAGGAAUUAUAAAGUAUUUCCAUUUUGUACAGAUAUCAUUGAAGUGACAGGGCCUUUUAAUAUUCCUGUCACAGAUUUUAAUUGGUUUCAAACAAUCCUAUUAAUUCCACAGCUUUGUAUGCCCCUGUUCAUAUGUGGAUUUCAGAUAGCAGGUUUCAUAUACUCCAGUGUCUUAGAGCCCUCCUAACAGCUCCAUGAGAGAUUUCUGCCAGGUUAAAUUCUGUGGAUGGGUUUUUCAGUAAGUUGGGAAGUUCAUUGCUUGCUAUCCCCUUUGACCUUACACCCAAGUCACCUGUACUCUGUUAUGGUCUGAGAGUGUCACAAGUGACUGCGGGCAGUCUCAGACUAAACUGGAGUUAAUCUGGAGGGAGUCGAGUGCUCUUGGUACAGGUUGUCUGUACUAUUAGUAAAUUACAACACAUAUAUUCAAGUUUCAUGAUUUUGAGAUGAAAACUGUCCAAUGCUGCAUUCUCUAGAAGUCUAUGAUUUUACAGAUUUAUAUUAUCAAAAUAUGUCAAUAUAUAGACGCGGUGUCAGAAGUUGAGAAAUAAACUGAUACUUGCCUCUCUGCCAUGUUUUUCCAUAAUUGUAUAAUUUAUAAUGUCAGUACAUAUAUACAUAAUAAUGUUAGAGAAUGUCCAUCAUGUAUCAUACAAAUAAAUGUGUAUUUAUAUAAACUCAAGAAAUAAAGUGUGUAAACUUUGUA